CAAUAUAUUCCCCGGAAAUCAAAGCUCAAUCAGACCUCAUCAUGGCUCUACAGAAGAUCAUCGUUUUCUCCCUGCUCAUUGGGGCUGUCAGCACUGAGACUUUAGAUCGUUGUACUUUUAUUAAAGAGCUAGAGAAAGUUCCAGGUCUAAUUGGCAGUAAGGACUAUACAGCGGGGGACUAUGUUUGCUUGGCACAUUACAUUAGUGGCUAUGAGACAUCCUUACACAACAGUCCCACGGCAUAUGGCAUACUGCAGAUAAACUCUGAAUGGUGUGAUGAUAGCAGCAAUAAUUGGUGUGGAAUUCAAUGCAAAGCCCUACUGGAUCGUAAUAUCAAUGAUGAUUUAUGGUGCCUUUUGAGAGUUGUGCAGGGUCCUGGAUUGGAGGCUUGGUCUGUUUGGAGAGAAAAAUGCAAAGGGCAGGAUUUAAGUCAAUAUACCGAUGGCUGCAACAGAUAAAAAGGAGUGCCAGACCAAAACAGUUUAAUGAUUCAUAAAAAUGCCAAUGCUUUUUUGGUCUCCUAUGUGAAAUCAAUAAAGUUAAGUAAAAAAAAAAGUGUAACAAAUUAACGGGACACCCAAGCACUUGACCCCCAAGCGGGUACUUGGGUUUGACAGCUAUCCACUCCCAGCUUAGUUUGGACCCCCUCCUUCCUCUGAAGUCCCAGAAGUCCAUGGGACCAUUCACAAGGCGCAGCGCAGAGAAAGGGGUAAACACAAGCACAUAUUACUGAGUCAUGAUAAAGGGGAGGUGUUUUCCCCCAAAACCCACUGGAUAGUUUGUGAAUCAUUAAAGCAGUUUUGGACAUUUUUAUGAAUGUGGACUGGGGCUGCUGUUUCGCUUGGCUAAAGCUCUGAGUGAUGUUCCUGGGUGACCAUUGGAGGACAUUCCUGGUUGCAUGUGAUCCGCCUAACCAGAACAAGCAAGAUUUUCUACUUAUUUUCUUCUUUCUCUUUACUAUUCUGUAUUAAUAAGCAUUAUGCCAGUGCCUCUUGGAUGUAUCCCUUUAAUACCAACAAAUAAAAAAGCAAUGCAAAGUGUUAAA